GUCACGGACACGACGGAGAUGGACGCCGUCGUGAAGGUCUUUUGCACGCACACGGAGCCGAACUACUCGCUGCCGUGGCAGCGAAAGCGCCAGAGCGCGAGCACGAGCUCCGGGUUCAUAAUCCGCGGCCGUCGCAUUCUGACGAACGCGCACAGCGUGGAGCACCACACGUCGGUGAAGCUGAAGAAGCGAGGCGGGGAUAAAAAAUACGAAGCGCGGGUGCUCGCCAUCGGCGUCGAGUGCGACCUCGCGCUUCUCACCGUGGACGACGACGAGUUCUUCGCGGGGACGACGCCGAUCGACUUUGGUCAACUCCCGUCGCUUCAAGCCGCGGUGACCGUGGUGGGGUACCCGAUCGGCGGCGUCGCGAUAUCCGUCACCAGCGGCGUCGUGUCUCGAAUCGAAGUCACGUCGUACUCGCACGGGAGCUCGGAGCUCCUCGGGCUUCAAAUCGACGCGGCGAUUAAUUCGGGAAACUCGGGCGGGCCGGCGUUUAACGCGCAAGGCGGUUGCGUCGGCGUCGCGUUUCAGUCCUUGAAAGCGGACGACGCGGAGAACAUCGGGUACGUCAUCCCGACGCCGGUCAUCAUGCACUUCAUACGCGACUACGAGAAGAACGGGAAGUACACCGGAUUCCCCACGCUGCCGGCGACGUGGCAGAAACUCGAAAAUCCAAACAUGCGAAAGUUUUUGAAGAUGACCCCCGCGCAAAAGGGCGUCAUGGUGCGACGCGUCGACCCGGUGAGCCCCGGGUCGAACAAACUCAAGAACGGCGACGUCCUACUCUCGUUCGACGGCGUCGAGAUCGCGAACGACGGCACCGUGCCGUUCCGAACCGGCGAGAGAAUAAGCUUUCACUACCUCGUCACCGAAAAAUUCGUCGGCGAAAAGGCGCGGGUGACGUUCCUUCGCGACGGCACGACGCACGCGGUCGACCUUCCGCUGACGCAAGUCCCUCGGCUCGUCCCCGUGCACAUCGAGGGCGUUCCGCCGUCGUUCUACAUCGCCGCGGGUCUGGUGUUCACGACGGUGUGCGUGCCGUAUUUAAAGUCGGAAUACGGGAAGGAUUACGACUACGACGCGCCGGUGCCGAUUUUGAACCGCAUGAUGUACGACCAGGUCACGGAUAAAGGGCAGAACGUCGUCGUCGUCGCGCACGUGCUGAGCGCGCCGAUUAACAUCGGGUACGAGGACAUCGUGAACACGGUGGUGAACGGGUUCAACGGGAAGCCGGUGAGUAAUUUGAAGCAGCUCGCGGACAUGUGCGACGGGUGCAAAGACCCGUUCAUGCGGUUCGAGCUCGAUCACAACUUGCUGGUCGUUCUGAAGACGAAAGAAGCGCACGGGGCGACGCAGGACAUCUUGAAGACGCACUGCAUCCCGUCCGCGAAGUCGCAGGAUUUAAAAUGAGAGUAGCGUAAUAGUUGUAAUAGAGCGCAUCGCGCAUU